GUUGACUCUCACUUAAUCACGGCCAACUGCUUGCAUUUUCCGGCACCAAGAGAGCCCGUUUUGCGUCGACAGCAAAGGUAGUAGCUCGGCUGUUGAGAUUCGUCGAGGGAGUCGAGGUCCCUUCUCGGCCCGAGACGAACCUUUGCACCGACGUCUCUACCCUCAGUACUACGCGCAGUCUUGAUACAAACCACCGAAACCCCCUUGUCCUCCUUGAUCGCGCAUCCUCGCAACAGCACAAAGAUCAGCAGCUUCUCUCUACGCAGCCGCAUCAAUUUUGACGCCAGCCAUCGGCCAGUUCCAACAGCAGCAACAAGACAAGUCGAAAGGCUUGAAGGCCUUCAGGAGUCAUAACGCAGCGCCCAAUCGAUAUCGAAGGCGACGACUCCGCAAGGGAUCGUCCCCACAAGCGGGCUCGUCUCGGCCCAGCCUCUGGCAUCGAUCAGAGGAGCCCUUCUCAGAGCGACUCGAACACCGCGACAACAUCUUCAGCCACGAACAUGGCCCUUCACAGCAGCAACGGCACAGCAGACGGCAGCCGAUCGAACGGCGAGGGUCCUAUGAAUGGCCACGGCGAUGGCAAAGACGGGCAGCAGCAACAACUUUCGAGCGACUCAUCCCUCCUCCACCGUCGCAGUGGCAGUAGUGGUAGCAGCAGCAUGGCCAACCAUGGCGCGCCCAACAACGGUAAUGCUUUGAGACAGAACUCAGCCACGUCUGAGGAUGGGGAUGACAGCAUCGACGAUGAUGCGAGCGCAUUCACGCCCCUCUAUGAUGGCAGCUCUAUUGACAAGCGAGAAUUUGUCCGCUUGACUAUUCAAAGCUUGAAGGAGCUAGGAUUCGAAUCGGCGGCCAAGGCUCUGGCGAUGGAGUCUGGUUUCAAGAUGGAGCACCCCUCUAUCCUCGCAUUUCGACAGGCUGUCUUGUCAGGCGACUGGAGAAGUUCAGAGAGGCUCUUGUUCGAUGGACUCAAUAGUGCUGCUUCGAGAAUUGCUGCGAGAAGCGCAAUCGCAGGUACAAGCUCAUCAGCCGGACUGGAUCUGGUGCUUCGCGACCCCCGGCACCUCGGGAUAGAGCACGUUAAGUUCCUCAUUGAUCAACAGCGAUAUCUGGAGCUCCUCGAAUCACGGCAGACGAAAAAGGCUCUAUCGAUCCUGCGUGACCGCUUGGCCCCCCACAACGCAGGCACCGAUCGACUGCACCACCUCUCCAGUCUUGUGAUCUGCGCUUCUCCAGAAGAGCUUCGAGCGAGGGCCAAAUGGCCAGGCGCUGGUGUCACCUCGAGAACGGAACUUCUACACGCCAUCGAGUCCGCUGUGCUACCCUCGAUCAUGGUGCCAAGCAGAAGACUACCGGAGCUCCUCGAGCAGGCUCAGCUCGAGCAAAAGAGGUCUGACCCCUAUUUUAAUCUUCCCCUCGACACUCACGUCUCCCUCUACACCGACAAGGUCUCGGAUAGGUCGUCAUUUCCCACUGAUACGGCGGCCAUCCUGACGGGUCACACCGACGAAGUCCUACACGUGGCCUUUUCAAAUAGUGGUACAAAGCUGGCCACCGCAGGCAAAGACAAGAUGGUCAUUGUAUGGAGUGUGGGGGGCCGACAGAGCGACUUUGAGGUCCUGCAUCGACUCGGUCCUCACUUGGCUGCUGUUUGGAGCGUGGCUUGGAGUCCAGAUGACAAGUCUCUGCUUUCGACGACAGUAGACGGUGACGUUGCAGUCUGGAACAUUGAAGAUGGAUCAAGGAAAGAGUAUGCCAAGCAUCACUACGAGGCUGCCGGCGCUUGGCUUCCCGACGGUCGCCAUUUCCUUACGGCGAGCAUGGACGCGAGCGUUGUCAUCUGGGACAAUGCCGAGGAAAAGAAGCUGCACACCUGGAAGACAUCUCCGUUCCGAGUACUGGCCUUUGAUGUCUCACCCAACGGACGAUAUCUCGCAGCCGUCUCCCAUCGCGCCAUUCCAAGUCGCCCAUCUGGAGACGGACGCACGCCUGGGACCGCGGGUACCUCAUCCACGAGAUCGUACAGCUAUUCCGAAAGCCCCAGUCCACUUUCGAUGAUGACCGGCAAUGCAGACGACAGGCCGACGACGUCGCACGCCUACCGUGACGUGAAUGAAGAUCAAUUCAGCGCUAAUGGUGGGCCUGAAGGACGAGCAAGAGGAGAAGAUGGAAGAAGUGACACAGGCGGGGGGAACAGGCUCCUCACCGACGAGAAAUAUCGCCUUUCAUUCUACGACGUCGAGGCGAGGGAGGAGUUGGGUUCAAUUUACUUCUACGAAGAGAUGUCAUCCGUUUGCUUUUCACAUGAUUCGCAGCAGAUUCUCGUCAAUCGCAAGCCAAACGAAGCGCAGCUCUGGGACUUCCAAAGGCAGUCAUUAUUGCGCCGAUAUACGGGCCACCAGAUCGCGAGAAACGUCAUCAGAAGCUGUUUUGGAGGCGCGACGAGGAAUUUCGUUUUGAGCGGGAGCGAAGAUGCUAAAAUCUACGUCUACCAUCGGCGUUCUGGCCAGCUAUUGGACCGCUUGGCAGGACAUGGUGAGGGCUGCGUCAACAGCGUGGCUUGGCAUCCGUGGGAUUUUGCUCUUUUUGCCAGUGCUAGCGACGAUACGACUGUUCGCAUCUGGAGGCCGAAGAGAUUACUGGGCACAGCAUUGGGCGUCGAGGAGGAAGCGUUUGGUCGGCACCGUCGGCAGAUGGACGAGCUCGAGAGAUCAGGUAAUAGCCCCAGCAUCGGGAACGGGGUUGGUCAUUCUCUCAGACGAAGAAGCGCUGUAAAUGGUGAGGGUAGGGCAACCGGGCAAGGUGCGACGAAUGGCUCGACAUCGAGAUCGAGCGACGCAAGGGAUGGCAGCGUCGACUUGGACAUGAUGGGGCCCACGCCGUUUCCAUGGAGUGUCAGUCCACAGCAUCCAUCUACAUCCAUCAUGGGGAGGGACACCGAUGAAAACGGGGACAUCAGCAUGGCAGCGGGAAGCAGCAGAGAGCAGCAACAGCCGCAGGCAAGAGGAUAUUCUUCCCCUUUAUCAACGCCAGGGAGGAGACGACGGACCCGAAGAGGUAGCGGUGGAGCCGGGACGCGCCGUUUCAUGGAGACUGUAGGUGGGAUGGAGGUGGAGGUCGAUGAGGACGAGGAGGACGAAGGCGAAGGGGACGAGGAUGAGGAUGAGGAAGAUGGGGAGGAAGAGGACGAUGAGGAGGGUGUAGAAGGAGAGGAGGAUGAUGAAGAUGACGAAGAUGAAGAGGGCGAAGGCGAGGAAGUCAUGGAGGAGGCAGACUGAUCAGCAUCGGCACAUACACAUGCCUUCAAAGUCAUUAGUCUUGUUCGCUCUUUUCAGUAUCCUCGGCACAUGAAGCAGACAAAGCACACUCAGUAUAUCGCUCCGUUACUCUCAUUAUCAAUUCGGUUCAUUAGCAUGAAAGACAGUGAUACAUCUAGGCAAACUCCCGUUGGGUGAAAGAGGCGACGGCGGCUUGGUCCAUCUCGUCCUUUCUUGGCAGCGAGUUUGGAGAGUCGACGUCAACAGCAGAUCUGUCGUCGACUGGAGGGAGAGGGACGAGUUUCUUUUCCUCGACCACUAAAGAUGCGUCGUCUCCCCCAUCUCUCCGGUCACCGUCCCCUU